CAAGAGAGGCAGACACAGAUAGCUGCCAGUAGAGCUUCUUCUUCUUCUUCUUCUUCCGCUUCCUCUUGCCGAGCGCAGUGCUACGUAGGAAGGAGUUCACGCCCUCGCGCACGCGUCGUAGCUCGUCGGUCGAUCGCCGGAAAUGUCGACCAACUCGAGGGCCAACUCCAGGGCCAACUUCAACAACGAGAUCCACGACAUCGGCACGGCGGUGCACAACUCCAGCAGCCUGCCCCCCGCGUACUACGACCGGUCGCUAGCGGACAUGUUCCCUCCCCACCUCCUCAAGAAGGUGGUCUCGGAGGUGGUGUCCACGUUCCUGCUGGUGUUCGUGACGUGCGGGGCGGCGGGGAUCUACGGCAGCGACAAGGACCGCAUCUCGCAGCUGGGGCAGUCGGUCGCCGGCGGCCUCAUCGUCACCGUGAUGAUCUACGCCGUCGGCCACAUCUCCGGCGCGCACAUGAACCCCGCCGUCACGCUCGCCUUCGCCGUGUUCCGCCAUUUCCCCUGGAUCCAGGUCCCGUUCUACUGGGCGGCGCAGUUCACCGGCGCCAUCUGCGCGUCGUUCGUGCUCAAGGCCGUGCUGCACCCCAUCGCCGUGCUGGGCACCACCACGCCGGCGGGGCCGCACUGGCACUCGCUCAUCAUCGAGGUCAUCGUCACCUUCAACAUGAUGUUCGUCACCCUCGCCGUCGCCACGGACACGAGAGCGGUGGGUGAGUUGGCCGGGUUGGCGGUUGGUUCUGCGGUUUGCAUCACGUCCAUCUUCGCAGGGGCGGUGUCGGGCGGAUCGAUGAACCCGGCGAGGACGCUGGGGCCGGCGCUGGCGAGCAACCUCUACACCGGCCUCUGGAUCUACUUCCUGGGCCCCGUCCUCGGCACGCUCUCCGGCGCCUGGACCUACACCUUCAUCCGCUUCGAGGAGGCGCCCAGCAAGGACGCGUCGUCGUCGCACUCGCAGAAGCUCUCCUCCUUCAAGCUCCGCCGCCUGCAGAGCCAGUCCGUCGCCGCCGACGCCGACGACGACGAGGAGCUCGACCACAUCCAGGUGUGAAGUGUGAUGUCAUGUCCGGCCGCUCCGCCGUACGUCCCGUCGAUCAGAGAGUGCACACGUACGUGCUACUCCUAACACUAUGUGCCUAGCAGGAUAGUUAGUUAUGGUCGAUGGUGAUGUCUGCUGGUCUGUGCGCCGAUCGGUUCUCAUGAUCCGAUCCAUGCGCGCACGCACUCGCAUUGUGUGUCCGGUUGGUGGCGCACUGGCGCGCUGUGGAUACAUGGGCUCGCUCUGUCAAUGUGCCAAUGAGCUCUGGCGCUUCUUUUUGGGACGGAUGAACACUGUGCCGUGUGCGUACGUGUGUGCAGUCAGUCGUACGCGCGUGCCAAGCAAGCGUUCGUACGUCUCCUGCUGUCACUCUUGUUCCGAAAUCAGUUGAUGGUGCAUAUAUACAAAGAUCAUCUGUAAGGAGGGUUUUCAAAUGCUGGAAGGCAAAUGUGUUUCAUCCCUAAAUAAACAUGGCCAUCGUC